AUGAAUGAAAAAAGUGAUUUACACAAGAGAUCAAUUGAAUUUGCAGAUAAUGAUGAAUCAAAAAAAAAAAUAAAAACAGACGAAGAAGAAAAUGAUAUAAUGGAUAGUAAAGGAAAAGAUUCUUAUUCUUUAUAUUUAGAAUAUCAAAAAGGUAGGAAUAAAAAAUUAAAGAAUAAUGAAGAAUAUAUUGAAUAUUUAAAAAAAGAUGCUAGGAGAAAAUAUUUAAAAGAAAGAGAAAAAGAAAAAUUAGAUAUAACAAAGAAAUUAUUAGAUGAUGAAUUAUUAUAUAGUACUGUAAAAUUAGAAGGAAAAGAUUUAAAAGAAUUACAGUUUUCUAAAAAAAUAUAUAAUAUAGCUAAAGAAAAUAUAAAUUUAAGAGAAAAAUUACAAGAAGAAUCAUAUUAUUUUCAACAAGAUGUAGAUAAAAAUAAAAAAAUACAAACAUAUGAAAACAACAAAGUAGAUAAAUCAUUAUAUAAUUAUGAUGAACAAAUUUUAAAUAAAGGAAUUCUCAAAUUUGGAUCUGCAAUUUCAAAAGAAAAUCUACAAAAACAAAAUAAUAAUGAAUUUGUUUUUGACGACGAUAUUAUAACAACUAAUAGGAAAAGUAUAAAAAGGGCAUCCUUCGAAGAGAAAAAAUGGAAUGAGUCACCAACAACAAAAAAAAAAAAAAAAAAAGACGACAUGGAAAGUGACAACAAGUGUGAUAAGGAUGAUAAAUAUUAUAAACGUCAUAAACAUGACAAACAUGAUAAAUAUGAUAAAUAUGAAAAAUAUGAUAAAUAUGAAAAAUAUGAUAAAUAUGAUAAAUAUGAAAAAUAUGAUAAAUAUGAAAAAUAUGAUAAAUAUGAAAAAUAUGAUAAAUAUGAAAAAUAUGAUAAAUAUGACAAACAUGACAAACAUGAUAAAUAUGACAAACAUGAUAAAUAUGACAAACAUGACAAACAUGACAAACAUGACAAACAUGACAAACAUGACAAACAUGACAAACAUGACAAACAUGACAAACAUGAUAAAUAUGACAAACAUGACAAAGAUAAUAAAAAAUACCCUUCCAAAUAUAAAGAAAUAAAUACCUCUUAUGAAAGCAAUAGUCCCACUGAUAGCACUUAUAAAAGUGAAGAGGAAAGCACCUCAUCAGUGGAUAAAUAUCAUAGAAACAAUAAACAUGAUAAUGACAAAAUAAAACAUGAAAAGAAAAAAAAAAAGAGUAUAAUGACAGAUGAAGAAAGAAAUGUUGAUAGUAAUAAGAGAUCCUUUGAAAAAAAGGAAUCCGAAUUAAAUGAAAAUGGACUUACAGAUGUUGUUGAAUUUGUACAUUUAGAAAGUUUUUAUGGUAUGAAUGAAAAAGAAAAAGAAUUAGAAAAACUUUUUGAAGAUAUAAAAAAAAGAAAAGAAAAGAAAAUGAAAAAAAUUAUUGAUGAAAGGAAAAGGUUACCUAUAUAUAGUUAUAGAUACGACAUAUUGAAAGCUAUAAAAAAUAAUAAAAUUUUAAUAUUAGUAGGUGAAACAGGUAGUGGAAAAAGUACACAAUUAACUCAAUAUUUAUAUGAAUGUAAAUAUCAUAUGUAUGGUAAUAUUAUAUGUACACAACCAAGAAGAAUUGCAUGUAUAGCUAUAGCAAAUAGAGUAGCAGAAGAAAUGAAUGUAAAAAUAGGUAAAGAAGUUGGAUAUGUAAUUAGAUUUCAAAAUAAAACAAGUGAAGCUACCAAAAUUAUGUAUAUGACAGAUGGUAUGUUUUUACGUUUGUUAUUAUAUAAUCCAACAUUAGAAGAUAUAUCUGUAUUAAUUAUUGAUGAAGCUCAUGAAAGAGCUUUACAUACUGAUGUUAUUUUGCCCAUAGUAAAAGAUAUAUGUAACUUUAGAGAAAAUAUUAGAGUUGUUAUAUCUUCAGCUACUUUAGAUGCAGAAAAAAUAUCUACUUAUUUUAAUUGUGCACCCAUUUUUUAUGUACCAGGAAGAAAAUAUAAUGUAGAUAUAUACUAUACAAUAAAUAAUGAAAGUAAUUAUAUAUCAGCCAUUGUAAUAACUAUAUUACAAAUACAUAUAACUCAAGGAAAAGGGGAUAUUUUAGUAUUUUUACCAGGUCAAUAUGAAAUUGAAUUAGUUCAACAGGAACUAGAAAAUAAAUUAAAUGAACUGGCUCCAAAAUAUCGUAAUCUGAUCAUAUUACCUAUUUAUUCAUCUUUGCCUGUAGAAUAUCAGGCACGUAUAUUUGAAGAUGUUACUGAAGAAGACAAUAUGAAGUUUUUAGAAGAUAUUAAUGAUAAGAAUGAUGAAAAUAAUAAAAACCAUAAAGAUAAUGAUAAAAAUAAUAAAAAGGAUGAAGAUAAUAAUUCGAAAAUGAAUGUAUCACAAAGUAAAAAUAAAAAAAAUAUUAACGAAGAAAUAGAAGAACUUAAAAGAGUAAAUACAAAUAAUAGAAUAAGAAGGAAAAUUAUUUUAUCAACAAAUAUUUGUGAAACGAGUAUAACUAUAGACAAUAUUGUUUAUGUUAUUGAUUCAGGUUUAUGUAAACAAAAAAUAUAUAACCCUAAUUCAGGUAUAGAAUCAUUAGUUACUCUACCAUGUUCUAAAGCAUCAGUGAAUCAAAGAACAGGUAGAGCAGGAAGAAAAAGAGACGGGAAAUGUUUUCGAUUAUUUACAAAAAAAUCAUUUAUUGAUUUAAGUGAUAAUUCAAUUCCUGAAAUACAAAGAUGUGAAAUUAGUAGUAUGAUAUUGUUAUUAAAAAGUUUAGGUAUGGAUGAUAUUAUUAAUUUUGAUUUUUUAGAUCCUCCUUCUCCUAUUGUUAUUAUUAAAGGAUUAGAACUUUUAUAUUCUUUAGGUGCUCUAAAUGAUGAAGGAAAUCUAACUAGGACAGGACGUAAAAUGGCAGAAUUUCCAACAGAUGUAAAAUCAAGUAAAAUGAUUUUAUCAGCUGCAGAAAAAUAUAAUUGUGUUGAUGAAAUUUUGAAUAUUGCAUCUAUGUUAACACAUGCUAAUAAUAUUUUUUAUGUUCAAAAAGGUAAAGAAAAAGAAGCAGAAAAUAUUAAAAAAAUGUUUAUUAUUGAAGGUGGAGGUGAUUUCUUACUCUUUUUAAAUAUUUAUAAACAAUGUGAAGAAAAUAAUUUCUCUACCUCUUUUUGUUAUGAUCAUUUCUUACAAUAUCAUACUCUUAUUAAAGUUAAAGAUGUGAAAACACAACUAUUAAGUAUAUGUGAAAAAAUUGAUAUACCCAUUACAUCUUGUGGUAUUGAAAAUCAUGAAUCCUUAAAUAAUAUUAAAAAAAGUAUUGUCAGUGCAUUUUUUACAAAUGCCGCUCUACCUGUUAAUAAAACUGAACUCAAAAUUAUAAAAUUAAAUCAAGUUGUUAGUAUAUAUCCUAAUUCUGUUCUCUUUAAAAAAAAUAUUAUGGAAGAAAAUGAAAAUGUGUGUAUCAUUUUUUAUGAAGUUAUUAAACUAAAUAAAUCAUAUAUACGACAUAAUAUACCUGUAAAUAAAAACUUGUUAUUUCAAAUUGCAGACUUUUAUUUUCUUAACAAAACGGAAUAA